AUGCCUCAGUAUAAUGGGGAUAACGACCCCUUCGAUCACCUGGAGGCUUUCAAUGUCCAGAUGGACCUGCAAACCUCUAGCUCAUUGGCCAAGUGCCGAGCUUUCCCCGCGACCUUAGGAGAUAUCCCCCGAGCGUGGCUAAGGAGACUUCACCCCCGCAGUAUUUGCAGUUGGGAGGAAUGCCAGAAGAAAUUCAUAAAUCAGUACAGGUCGCUUCAAAGGCAGCUUGCCCCAACAUGCCACCUCGCUAUAGUAUUCCAACGGUUUGGCGAAUCUUUGAAAGAUUACAUAGAAAGGUUUAGACGCGAAGUGAAUAAUGUCGAGAGCCCCUCCGACGAAAGUAUCAUAACUGCGAUAUCCGCCGGGCUUCGGAAGGAUGGGAAACUUUACGAAAGCAUCUAUAAGUUUUCGGUGAGGGAUCUCGACGAGUUCUACGAGCGAGCUGCGAAGGAGGUUCGGUGGGAAGAAGCAUUCAGCCUAAAAAUGCCGAGCUACCAGAAGAAGGGGGCGGAACACAUCGGCCAGAGCAAGAAAAGAGCUGAUGAGGACUCUCGCAAGAAAGGUCGAGAACGAAGCCCCAAUGACCAGGCUGCCAAAAAGGCAAGGUUUAGGCAGGGAAACGAACGACUAGCACGCCAGGGUCGGUACGAAAAUUACAGUAUCUUAUCUGACUCCCAAGACAGGAUCUUAGCCACAGAGCGCAACAAGGAGGAUUUUGGAAGGCCUAAUCCCCUGAAGACUCAUGACAAGUACAGAACCAAGAGCAAAUUCUGCGCCUACCACAACGAAGUAGGAUAUACUACCUCUGAGUGCUGGGCGUUGAAAGAUGCAAUCGAAGAGCUGAUCAGGAGAGGUCGGCUGCGUGACUAUGUGGUGCGUCCUAGGGAUCAACAACCUAAACAGCUAGCUUAA